CUCCGACGUCACUUCCGUCCGGGCGUUUCUCCCAACUCUGCUUCCCUGGAUAAUAAUAACGGUGAAACAUACAGGAGCUCGCUGAUAGGCCAGCCGCCUGACGAAUGGGCAGCCAAAUUAGGAGUCGGGAACGCGCUCUCGUGAUGCGGUUGGAGAGGCUCCAUCCCGUGCUCCGUACGCUGUGCGGAGUGAAAGGGCUUUGCUAAUAAAGCAUUUGUUAUUCAAAGGCAGCCCAAUCGAGGCGGCGCGCUCACUCGAUUGGCGAGAACGCGCAGAAAGAGAGCAAGGAGUCCAGAUUGGGGAGAGAUGUGACCAGAGGACCCUGUCUGUGUCCUCCACCCAGAGGCAGGCGAUAUCCCUUCUGCUCGUCGGGAGGAGACGACGGUCACCAUGGCAGAUAAGGGAAGGCUGAGUUUCCCUGGGGCAUUGAACAGGCCGGUGCCCAUGAACUUGUUUGCUACCUGGGAGAUAGACGGCUCCAGCCCCAGCUGUAUUCCCAGGCUGUGCAGUCUGACUCUGAAAAAGCUGCUUGUUGUGAAAGAGCUGGAUAAGGAACUGAUUUCGGUGGUUAUUGCUGUAAAAAUGCAAGGUUCAAAACGGAUUCUUCGCUCCCAUGAGAUUGUGCUGCCACCUAGUGGACAAGUUGAAACAGAUCUUGCACUUACCUUUUCACUACAGUACCCUCACUUUUUAAAAAGGGAAGGAAAUAAACUCCAGAUAAUGCUUCAGCGGAGGAAAAGAUAUAAAAAUCGAACAAUUCUGGGUUACAAAACUUUAGCGAUUGGAUGCAUCAACAUGGCUGAGGUUAUGCAACAUCCAUCAGAGGGAAGCCAGAUCUUGAGUCUUUUUAGCAAUAUGAAGGAAGCAUCUGCAAAGGUAGCCGAAAUAUGGAUAUUUUCUCUCUCCAGUCAGCCAAUUGAUCAUGAAGACAGUGCCAUUAAUACCAACCAGAAGAUAAAAUCCACAGAUAACUAUUCUGAGGAGGAGUAUGAAAGUUUCUCUUCAGAACAAGAAGCCAGUGAUGAUGCUGUUCAAGGCCAUGACCUUGACGAUGAUGAAUUUGAUGUUGGAAAACCAAAGAAGCAGCGAAGAACGAUAGUAAGAACAACGUCUAUAACCCGGGUACUCGACUCUGAGCAGGACCCAGGGGAACAUGCGCCAGAAGUUGAGGAAGAUAUGGACUUAUUGUAUGACACACUUGAUAUUGACAAUCCAAGUGAUAGCGGCCCAGAAAUGGAAGACGAUGACAGCGUACUCAGCACGCCCAAGCCAAAGUUAAAGCCUUAUUUUGAGGGUCUUUCACACUCCAGCUCUCAAACAGAAAUUGGCAGUUUGCACAGUAUGAGAAGUCAUAAAGAAUUACCAGGCCCUAUUGAAAUACCUGAAAGAAAGGCCUCUCUUCCAAAGCAUCCGGACAACAUAUCUGACACCGUUUCAUUGGAUAAUUCUGGAGAAGAGCCUCAGGACACCGAACUUUCCACAUUGGAUGUUUUCAUUGAACGGUUACCACCCAGUGGAAAGAUAACCAAGACUGAAUCAUUGAUCAUUCCCUCUACUCGUUUGGAAGGAAAGCAAACCGGACGCCGUGGUAGGAGUACUUCUUUAAAGGAACGGCAGACAUCAAGACCGCAGAACGAACGAGCGAAUAGUUUGGAUAAUGAGCGAUCGCCUGAUACAAGAAACCAUCUCCAGAUACCCAGAAAAACUGUUUACGAUCAGCUAAAUCAUAUCCUUAUAUCUGAUGACCAUCUCCCUGAAAACAUCAUCCUUGUGAAUACUUCUGACUGGCAGGGCCAGCUUCUUUCAGAAAUCCUGCAAAAACAUGACCUUCCUUUAGUCUGCACCUUCUCUUCAGCUGAUAUUCAAGCUGCUUUUAAUACAAUAGUAUCCAGGAUACAACGGUACUGUAAUUGCAAUUCACAGCCUCCUAAUCCUGUGAAAGUGGCUGUAGCAGGGGCUCAGAAUUACCUCAGUGCUGUGCUCAGACUGUUUGUGGAGCAGCUGUCACACAAGACUCCAGACUGGCUGGGAUACCUGCGGUUUCUUAUCAUCCCUUUAGGUUCUCAUCCUGUGGCCAAAUACCUUGGCUCUGUGGACUACAAAUACCAUAACCUCUUCCAGGAUCCAGCCUGGAAAGAUCUCUUCACAAAACUGGAUGCACAAGCUUCAGUACAAGACCCUCCAGAUGUAGUUUCUCGUGUUACACAAUAUAUUGCUGGAGCAAACUGUGCACAUCAGCUGCCCAUAGCGGAAGCUAUGCUAACUUACAAACAGAAAAGUCCUGAUGAAGAUUCCUCACAGAAAUUCAUACCUUUUGUAGGGGUUGUAAAGGUUGGCAUUGUUGAGCAGUCCUCAGCAACUUCAGGAGAUUCAGAUGAUGCAGCUCCUUCCAGUUCCAUUGUACUUUCAUCCACACCUCCCUCCGUCUCACCAGUUAUCAAGGAAGCUUCUCCAACACCACCUUCUUCCCCGUCUGUUACAGCUGGGUUUUCUUCGCUCAGCCAAAGCCCAGGAAGUGAACUAAUGGGGCUUCAAUUGGACUACUGGAUAGCUGCUCCAAUCACUGAAAAGAAGAAGGAUGCUGAGAAAAGGGAGUCGACAUCUGGCAAGAACACUUUGAAAUGCACUUUCCGCUCGCUGCAGGUCAGCAGGCUCCCCAACCACAGUGAGGUCCCAGCUGCUCCCACAAUGUCAAUGACAGUGGUCACAAAGGAAAAAAACAAAAAAGUUAUGUUUUUGCCUAAAAAGACUAAAGAUAAAGAAGUUGAAUCCAAAUAUCAAUGCAUUGAAGGCAUCAGUAGAUUGAUUUGCACUGCAAAGCAUCAACAGAAUAUGCUCAGAGUUAUAAUUGAUGGUGUGGAAUGGAAUGAUGUAAAGUUCUUCCAGCUUGCUGCACAGUGGUCUUCUCACGUCAAGCACUUCCCCAUCUGUAUAUUCGGACAUUCAAAAUCCAACUUCUAGCCUUUUACUACAGGGGUCUUGUCACUGCUGCCCUCUUUUUCAAGCCUGGAUGUUUGGAUACCCCACGCUAACUAGUGCCAACUAUUAUCUCAAACUGAGAUCCAUCCAGCUACUUUCCUUUGCUUUAUUUUUUUACUAUUGUUUUUAAUAUUGCUCAGAUUAUUUAAAGCUAAGCUUGAAGUUACAUUUUUGUAUUUUUUAAUUUUACAACCAAGGGAGGACAUCGUCAAAAUGAAAAGUCUUAAACAUACUGCUUACCCAGCAGUAAUAUUGGUACUCCAUUAACCAGGGAAGAAGAUGCACUGCUAACCAACGUGUUACGUGUUUGGUGAAUAUUGGGAUAGUUUGGUGAUUUUAGUGUGCGUGUGGGAAUUUUAGUAGGCCUACGAUUGAAUGAAACCAGUACUUUGCUUUACAUGGUUUUGCACUUUGUUGAAAUUUUCGGCCAGGACAGAUCCGUUUGUCUGUUACAUUGUUUGUGAUGGGGAAUGAUAUGCCUCACAACUACUCCGAAUUCUUUGGAGCAGCUGCAUCUUAACCUUUGUUGCUGCUAAGAUGCUUUUGUCACUUGUCAAAGCUUUGAAAGUGAAGCUCGAGCCAUGUCAUUUUCCAGAUAGGAUUGGCACAAUAAUUCAGAAUAAUUUAUACUUGUUCUAUUUAUAUUUUUAACAAAAUGAGGGCUCUUAACAUUAUGAGGAGAUGUACUAACAUUAUUUUUAAUGGAAUUGUUUGAUAAAGCCACUUAAAUUGUGUUCCUCAACUUAAACACCUUGGUAUAGGACUUAUGUUUGAUCUGACUUCACUGACUCAGUGGUUUAAUGUAUGCUUAUAAACUAGAGUUCACUUUUUCCUACACAUAGUGGUUACUAUCUUCAUACUGCACUCUAGGACAGGGCUACUAAACU